AAGACUGCAGAAACGAUGAUUGUGCCUGGUGGAUACAUCUCUUUGAACCCGAAAAUAGGAAAGCAGUUUUUGUAUAUGAAGGCAGACGAGUGGAAGUCAUGGGUGCUCGUAUACUCGCCAGUCCUGUUGAAAGAUGUUCUUGCAAAAGACAGAUUCGAAAACUGGAUUAACUUGAUGCAUGCCGCCUGUUGA